UUUACUGCCGAGCACCAUGACUUUCCGCCCCCCUCGCUAGAGAUCCAUUGCCCCGGGCGGGCUCCGAAGAGCUCCGCAGUGAGGCUUGGCUAAUCAAUCGCUGAAGCGGAGGCACUUGGACGGGGCGGGAUCACGCGCUCUGCGUUCGGCACACUCUUGGCGCCACCGCCGCUGCUGCAGGAGCGGAGCAGCAAUUGCCGCCUUCUUCUCAAGGCUCAGCGCGAAGCUUUUCCUGGGGGUGUCGUCGUCGAGGGGUGGCUAUGGCGGAGCCCGCGGAGAAGCUGUACCGGGCCGAGUAUGCCAAGAGCGGGCGGGCCUCCUGCAAGAAAUGCAAGGACAACAUCGCCAAGGACUCGCUCCGCCUGGCCAUCAUGGUGCAGUCCCCCAUGUUUGAUGGCAAAGUACCUCACUGGCAUCACUAUUCUUGCUUCUGGAAGCGGGCUCAACUGCUGUCCCAUGCUGAUCUAGAUGGCUUCUCAGAACUGCGUUGGGAAGACCAAGAAAAAAUUAAAAAAUCCAUAGAAAGUGGAGGAGCUGCAGCAGGUAAAGGUAGUGGCCAAGAGGAAGGUAGCAAACGUGAGAAAAGUUUAAAUGAUUUUGCAGCAGAAUAUGCAAAGUCCAAUAGAAGUACUUGCAAGGGUUGUGAACAGAAAAUAGAAAAGGGUCAGAUCAGAAUCUCAAAGAAAAUGGUGUUGUCUGAAAAGCCACAGCUGGGGAUGAUAGACAACUGGUACCAUCUUGCCUGUUUCAGUAGCCACAGAACAGACCUGGGUUUUCUUCCUACCUUUAGUGCCUCUCAGCUCCAGGGCUUUGAGCUCCUGAAGGCAGAAGACAAAGAAACUCUAAAGAAGCAGCUGCCCUCUGUCAAGAAUGAAGGGUAUGUAGAAGAUGCCAAAAGAAAAAAGAGAAAAGGAGAUGAGGUGGAUACAAAUGUGAUUUCAAAAAAGAAAUCCAAAAAAGAGAAAGAAAAAUCAACCAAACAUGAAAAGCUGCUAAAG